UUUCUGCGUUUAUGCGUCGAUGAAGCAACGAUGUAAACAAGAGUAACACACAUAGCUUUUUAAUAAUGGCCACGGGUUUCGACAAAAUCUUUGUGCUGCUUUGUGUUUUUCGUAUUUUUUGGACUCCAAUACAAGCAGAGAAACACUCGCUGUAUUACAUUUACACGGCUUUGUCCAAACCUGUCGAUCUGCCGGGCAUCUAUCAGUUCACUGCUAUGGGUCUGCUAGAUGACAUACAGAUCGACUAUUACAAUAGUGAGGAACAGAAGAAGAUUCCCAAACAGACCUGGAUGAAGGAGAAACUAUAUGAGGAUUACUGGGAAGAAGGCACCCAGUCAAGAAAGAGCAAAGAACAGUGGUUUAAUCUGAAUAUCGACAUUCUGAUGAAACGCAUGAGACACAGUGAAUCAGAUCUUCAUGUUUUUCAGAUGAGAACUGGUUGUGAAGUUGAGCAAUGGGGAAGUGAAGUUUUCAAAGGCGUUUAUGAGUACGGCUAUGAUGGAGAAAACUUUCUGUCGUUUGAUGAUAGAGAGUCUCAGUGGGUCGCCCCAGUUUACGCAGCUCUACCAACCAAGAGUAAAUGGGACAAUAUGCCCUUCCUAAACCAAUACACCAAAGGCUACCUGGGAAAAAAUUGUGUGGACUGGCUCGAGAAAUUCACAGAAUAUGGAGAAAAUGAGCUCAGAAAUGGCUCUCCUCCAGAUGUUCAUAUGUUUGCAAAAAGGUCUACCAGCGACAAAAUCAAGCUGACCUGUAUGGUCACUGGUUUCUACCCCAAAGACACAGUGUUGUUCAUUAGGAAAUAUCGCACAUCUCUGCCUGAAGAUGAGACUGAAUCCACAGGAAUCAGACCAAACCAUGAUGGCACCUUCCAGCUGAAGAAGAGUGUGGAGAUCCAGGAGAAUGAAAAAGCUAAUUAUGAUUGUUUUGUUGCUCACAGAACCCUCAAAGAACCAAUUAUCAUCGAAUGGGGUGGAAAUUGCCAGGAUUGCCCACCAGAGAUUGACCUAGCUAUGAUUGCAGUAGUGACUGGAGGUGUGCUUGUGCUCCUGAUAACAGUCGCUGGUGUAGUGGUUUACAUCUUAAAGAAGAAAGGGAUUAUUGGACAGACGACAACUGCUGAAACAUCAAAUUCCGGUUCGAACAGCUCUGUGGAUCUUCAAUAUGUGGACUCCAGUAACAGAUUUAUAGAGUCUACAGAAACAAAACCACCACUACAACCACAAGAGGUCAAAGCUGAUCCAAAGCUUUCAGUCAUGGGAACGAGUGUGGCGACGAAGAUCUUUGCUCUGCUUUGUGUUUUUCUUCUUUAUGGCACUCCUCCUAUACUUCAAGCAGAGAAGCACUCGCUGUAUUACAUUUACACGGCUUUGUCCAAACCUGUCGAUCUGCCGGGCAUCUAUCAGUUCACUGCUAUGGGUCUGCUAGAUGACAUACAGAUCGACUAUUACAAUAGUGAGGAACAGAAGAAGAUUCCCAAACAGACCUGGAUGAAGGAGAAAAUGCAGGAGGAUUACUGGGAAAAAGGCACCCAGUCCAGAAAGAGCAAAGAACAGUGGUUUAAUGUGAAUAUCGACAUUCUGAUGAAACGCAUGAGACAAAAUGAAUCGGAUCUUCAUGUUCUUCAGUGGAGACACGGUUGUGAAGUUGAGCAGCAGGGAAGUGAACUUGCGUUUUCCAAAGGCAUUAGUGAGUACACCUAUGAUGGAGAGGACUUUAUUUCUUUUGAUAUUGCAGUUUCUCAGUGGGUCGCUUUAGUUGAAGCAGCUCUACCAACCAAGAGAAAAUGGGACAGUGUGCUCAUCCUAAACCAGUACACCAAAGGCUACCUGGAGAAAGAGUGUGUAGACUGGCUCAACAAAUUCAGAGAAUAUGGAGACAAGGAGCUCAGACACGGCUCUCCUCCAGAUGUUCAUGUGUUUGCAAGGAAAUCCAGUGAUGAAACCAAGCUGAAACUCAUCUGUAUGGCCACCGGCUUCUACGCCAAAGACAUGAUGAUGACCAUUAGGAAAUAUUGCACAUCUCUGCCUGAAGACGAGGUUGAAUCCACAGGAAUCGGACCAAACCAUGAUGGGACCUUCCAGCUGAGGAAGAGUGUGGAGAUCCAGGAGAAUGAAAAAGCAGAAUAUGAUUGUUUUGUGUCCCACAGAAACUUCAAAUCAAUCAUCAUAAAACUGGGACAAGCUACUGAAUCAUUGAAUGCUGAAACACCUGCUGCAGGACGAGAGAGAGCUGGUGAAACAUCAGACAGCAGUGUGACUGGCUCUCUGGAGAAAGUCAUUCAAAAUGAGAAACACUCAAUGUAUUACAUUUACACGGCUUUGUCCAAACCUGUCGAUCUGCCGGGCAUCUAUCAGUUCACUGCUAUGGGUCUGCUAGAUGACAUACAGAUCGACUAUUACAAUAGUGAGGAACAGAAGAAGAUUCCCAAACAGACCUGGAUGAAGGAGAAAAUACAGGAAGAUUACUGGGAAAAAGGCACCAGGUCAAGAAAGAGCAAAGAACAGUGGUUUAAUGUGAAUAUCGACAUUCUGAUGAAACGCAUGAGACAAAAUGAAUCAGAUCUUCAUGUUCUUCAGUGGAGACACGGUUGUGAAGUUGAGCAGCAGGGACAUGAAGUGAAGUUUUCCAAAGGCAUUAGUGAGUACGCCUAUGAUGGAGAGGACUUUCUGUCUUUUGAUAUUAAAGAGUCUCAGUGGGUCACCUCAGUUGAUGCAGCUUUACCAACCAAGAGAAAAUGGGACAAUGUCCCAAUCCUAAACCAGUACACCAAAGGCUACCUGGAGAAAGAGUGUGUGGACUGGCUCAACAAAUUCAGAGAAUAUGGAGACAAGGAGCUCAGACACGGCUCUUCUCCAACUGUUCAUGUGUUUGCAAAAAGAUCUAUCAAAGACAAAUCCAAGCUGAAACUCACCUGUGUGGCCACUGGCUUCUACCCCAGAGACGUGACACUGGGCAUUAGGAAAUCUCACACAUUUCUCUCUGAAGAUGAGACUGAAUCCACAGGAAUCAGACCAAACCAUGAUGGGACCUUCCAGCAGAGGAAGAGUUUGGAGACCCAGGAGGAUGAAAAAGCAGAAUAUGAUUGUUUUGUGUCCCACAGAACCCUCAAAGAAACAAUUAUCAUCACUUGGGGUAAUUAA